AUGUCUCGCAAAAGAAAGGUUGUGGCGGACGAAGACGAAGAUUCAACCAAGAUCGAUUUCGAAACAUCUGAAGAGGUCGAUGUAGUGCCAACUUUUGACCAGUUAAAACUUCGAGAAGAGUUGCUUCGCGGUGUAUACGCUUACGGUAUGUCAGUGUGCAAGAAAAGUCGCAACUAUCGAUGAGGUGACGCCAUAGUGUGGCAUGUAUUUGAUCGUUUGUUCUGCAGGUAUUGAGUAACUUUUUUGUAUUCUAGGAUUCGAGAAACCGUCUGCUAUUCAACAGCGUGCUAUUAAACCGAUCAUAAAAGGACGAGACGUUAUUGCACAGUGAGUAUCUGGGAGAAAUUAAUGGGAGAUUUGAUCGACCAAUGGAUGUUCUUACUUUUUUGUAUGUUUAUAUCUAAUGUCCAUUGUGUUUUAGAUAAUCUUUAAUUUUCUUUUUGUUGGUGUUAUUUGACAAUGAAGAAAAAAAUCUUCAAAUAGUCGGUGUUGUAUGCUCAAAAUGUUAAUAGACUAAAGGAAAUAAAUUAACUGCAAACUGUUGAAUUUCAUUUUGAAUUUCAGAGCUCAGUCUGGUACAGGAAAAACAGCUACUCUCUCCAUAUGUGUUCUUCAGUCUGUAGACAUACAGGUUUGUAUGUUUGCCACAUUAUCUUCCACAUGCUGACCAUGAAGAGCCAUUAGAGCAUGUGGCUAGGAAUUCAAUUGCAGUUGUUUCGCUUGAAAGUUGAUUUGUCCAACAUCGUUUCGCCCAGUGACAUACACACUCAACACUACAGUGAACAUAGUCAUCCAAAAGUUUAUUUUAUUUGAGCUUGAAUUUUAUGGCCAUGAUUGGUGAAAAGAUUCAAUGAUCUAAACUAUUUAGCAAUCUAUGUAUGCAUAUUUGAGAAAGAACGUGUAAAACUCAAACAUACAGCUGUAAGUACCUUAAGGGAUUGCAAUGAUCAUUACAUCUAUCUGAGAUAUUUUGUUUUGUGUUUUCACUGGAAAAAGCACAAUUGUAGUCACUGUCUUUUAUGCUAAUUCAUUUUCUUUUGGGGACAUCAACUUUAGGGCAAAUCGACUUUUGGGCAAAUACUCCCACAUGGAUGAGGCAGCUUGUAAAAGCUAGCCAGGGGUGACAGUGAUAUAUCAUCAAACUGAAAAAAAAAUUAGCCAAAAUACCCAAGAUUCCUCCAGAUUUCCAUCAAAAAGCUUAGUAUACUGUACUCCUUAGACCCAUUCAUUAUUCAAGGUGAAGACUAUAAAAACUGUAUAUAUUGUUUUCCCCAAAACCCUGGCCAACCCUGAUAGACUUCAGGUCUCAGGGAGUAUUGUGGAGUUAAAAAAAAAAAUUCCCCUGCCAAAGUUGUAUAAAGAAUAAAAAGUAAUGAUAUAACACAUCAAAAUGUGGAAAUUGAAUGUUUGUGGUUGUUCAUUUGUCACACCAUGCUUUACAUUUAAUAGUUUAAAACUAGCAGCUGGCAUACACACGUUGAGUGCAAUAGGAGGCAAGCUCACUGUCAAAUAAGACAACAGUGGUAGUUAAGAUAGUCCAGUAUUUAAUUUCUCCUUUUAUACAAAGUUUCCAUUGAAGGGAAAACUUGUGUUUUGAACAAGGAUCUGUAGUUAAGGACCAUGCGAAUGUUUGAAAAAAGUAAUAGUAAUAAUUAAGUAACGUUUUUUAACUUUAAUUAUUAAUUCACUGUCAGACAAGAGAAACCCAAGCUUUGAUCUUAUCGCCAACACGUGAACUUGCUCAGCAAAUCCAGAAGGUAUGAAAAACGUCAUAUAUUUUUUUCCUUAUUCAUUUGUGUUGUAUGGUUUACUGAACUUUAUGUCAUACCCUGAGAACUUGACGUUUCUCACUGGAGUGUGAAGUUUCACCACAGUAAUGUUAGAGUUAAAGUAACCAUUAUGGUGACACUAAUGAGAUUGAAGUAGAAAUGAUAAUUGGUUUUAAGAGCAAAACAACAGCUCUGCAAGUGCAUUUCACAGUAACUUUUUGGUAUACAUCUUUGAUGUCUGAUGCAUGAAUAUGACUUUAAACUUCGUUAUGUGACAUUUUAUGGAUGACGUGGACACAAAUAGUUAUUUGAUGAGUUAAUUUGCCCUGGCAGAUGAUAGGAAAUUUGACCAGAAUGUUUGUGAAUCAGUGAAUUACCUGGAGUGGACAAGAAGGUCAUUUUAUUGUAGUUACUGGCUAAAACAUUGUUUGAUUGUGUAACUCUACAGGUAUGAUGAAUUGCAUUUAUUUUUAACCAUCUUUCGGGACAGAACUGUGGUGUUGAAAUGCAUGAUCUGACUUGAGAGUACACAAUUGAAUGAAGGGUAAUCAUUAACAAGAGCAUAAUGUUCAAUACUGCUACAGUCAAACCCUGUUAAUACGCACACUGAAGGGGCCAUAGGAAGUGUCUGUAUUAACAGGUUGUCCGUAUUAAGUGGGUCAUUUUAUUAAAGUCAAAAAAACAACUUUUAGUUAAUCAAAACACUACAGAAAUAAAACAGGACACAAGCAUCUUCAAACUCAACAUCUCUAAACUUCACUAAGCCGUUAUUCCACGGACUAUGUACAUGAAAACACUCAAAAGUCUUGACAAAGUCGCUCAUUAUACAUCACAUAAUCGAAAAAUCUUCUAUGCAUAUAUGCCUCGAUUGAUGUUAAAAUAGUCUAAAAUUGUCGUCCACAAUUCAUCCUACAUGUAUCUGGUGUACUAUAGCCCUGGGAAUAUCGACAUUAUGUCAACUGAAGGGUUUUUUUUAACCUUCAGAAAAGAAAGGCUUAUUACAGCACACAGUGGACAAUAAGGUGUCUGUGUUAGCAAGGUUGACUUUUUAUGAGAAACUGUUCAUUGGGCAAGAAAGUAGUUUCCGUUGUCCACAAUAAUGGGUGUCCCUAUUAAGUGGGUUGAAUUUUGAAAAAAAUGUAAGGGCUUUCCCUGGGGACAUAGAAAACUGUCUGUAAUAAUGAGGUGUCUGUAGUGGGUGGCCGUAAAGUGGGGUUCGACUUUACCUCAUAGCUACUGCACCUGUAUCUAUCUGUUAGAGGUCAAAAUUAACUUCAGGUAAAAAUUUUUUAACCUUGGUUGAUUCUCAGUUUCCUUUGUCUCCUACCUCUGAUUCAUGAAAAAUGAUAGGGCUAGGAAACAAAAGAAAUAGAGACUCAACCUAGGUUAAAAAAUUUUAACAUCAAUUUAAUUCUGACCUGUAACAUAUCCAUGGGUAUAAUAUUAUAGGCUACACCCUGUAACUAAAGAUCCAAAUUUUUGUAGGUAAUUCUUGCCCUUGGUGAUUACAUGAGUGUCCAAUGUCAUGCAUGUAUUGGAGGAACAAAUGUUGGAGAAGACAUCAGAAAACUCGAUUAUGGACAACAUGUUGUGUCUGGAACUCCUGGCAGAGUUUUUGGUAAGAUUUCUACUCUUUGCUUCCCUGCGAGCAGUGAUUUCUCCAGGUCGGUUGCUAUGCUAUAUGAAGGGAGAGAAACCACUGUGUGCGACCAUUUGCUUCUUUGAUCAAUAAGCUGCCGUCCCACGCGCCUAAAAAUUCAUGUGUAAUCACACCUGUGCACCGUAAAACCCAAAGCACAGUGCGACUGACUUACUUCCGACUAUCCUUAUGAACUCGAACUACCUGUUUUGUAAUAAACACCGCUGACACAUGCAAAUAUAUGCUACGAAUGAAACACGUACUUUUUGUGCAAUGGACGAUCAUGUUGAACGUUCAGUUUUAACGUCAAUCAAAACAAAAACAGUGCGGAUUAAGAGCCUUUUUUUCCAGGUAAGAAAGUUUUUUAAGUCGUAUUCCAGUUACAUGUAAGUCAUUGUGCAUUUAACAAAUUGUCGAACGUUCAGUUUUAACGUCAAUCAAAACAAAAACGGUGCGGAUUAAGAGCCUUUUUUUCCAGGUAAGAAAGUUUUUUAAGUCGUAUUCCAGUUACAUGUAAGUCAUUGUGCAUUUAACAAAUUCAUUAAAGAUUAAUUUUCAUUCUCGUUCGACACACUUAUUGUUNUACUUUUUGUGCAAUGGACGAUCAUGUUGAACGUUCAGUUUUAACGUCAAUCAAAACAAAAACAGUGCGGAUUAAGAGCCUUUUUUUCCAGGUAAGAAAGUUUUUUAAGUCGUAUUCCAGUUACAUGUAAGUCAUUGUGCAUUUAACAAAUUGUCGAACGUUCAGUUUUAACGUCAAUCAAAACAAAAACGGUGCGGAUUAAGAGCCUUUUUUUCCAGGUAAGAAAGUUUUUUAAGUCGUAUUCCAGUUACAUGUAAGUCAUUGUGCAUUUAACAAAUUCAUUAAAGAUUAAUUUUCAUUCUCGUUCGACACACUUAUUGUUGUCAGUUUUGAAUUUUUUUUCAAGUGUAAGUUUUCUUUAGUCACAACUGUAUUGUCAAAGAGAGAAAUUAGUAUUAAAAAUCACAACGGUAUUACUGCGUAGCAAAUUGGCUGUGUUUUAUCAAUCACAGGACUGAAGUAAAAGUAACAAACUGAAGAUGACAAAUAAACAUGGCACUGUUAAGCUUUUUACUUUUUCUUUUGAAAUAGAUGCUCCCAACAUUAUAAGCUGUGCUUCUAAAAUUUUCAGCUGCGCGCCUAAAAUUUUGGCAGUGCGCCUAAAAAUUUACAUCUGGUAGCACAAGUGCUCCCAAACUCAAAUUUGAACUUUGAGCCCUUCUGUCCACUAAUUUUUAAGAAGAAUAAACAUUAAGAGGGGAAAUUUGGUUUUAAGGAUUAACCUUUGUCUAUUUGCUUCGUACAGAUAUGAUCAGAAGACGGAACUUGAGAACUCGGUCAAUCAAAUUACUGGUGCUAGACGAAGCAGAUGAGAUGUUAAAUAAAGGUAAAAAUUUCAAUUUGUGAAGCAGGUACAAAUCUGAUCUUUGCUAAUCUGUUAAAUUGUACUUUUAUUUUGUCAUUUCAGGUUUUAAGGAGCAGAUUUAUGAUGUUUACAGAUAUCUUCCUCCAGCAACACAGGCAAGUUUUUUUUCUGAAAAGAAGCAAGAUAAACUUUCCUUGUGCCGGUGCUAUUGCUCAGAUUUUCAUAUUUUGUAAUAAUAGUUCUUAACCCUUUAUUUCAUUGAAUUGAAUAAUAUCUUGAUUAUUUACAUGUAGGUUGUUCUUUUAAGUGCGACCCUUCCACAUGAUAUCCUGGAAAUGACACAGAAGUUCAUGACAGAUCCCAUCAGGAUUCUUGUGAAACGGUACUUGUCAAGUUUUUUCUCUCUCACCUCUUUUCACAGGGCACCUGUGUAAAAUAGACUCUAUUGUACUGAGGCAAAAUUAAUAUUAUUUUAGUCAUAACUUUGUUACUCGUGUAAUGUGAAACUGUGAAAGGUUUAAACCCAGGAGUCAUUUCAUAAGUAGGUUGAGUAAUGUGAUUGACCACGGUAAAAUGCCCUCGAAUUCAAAGCAAAGUUUCAACCCUCCAUAUCUUCACUUACACAACAAGGCAACUUCAUGUUAUAAUGUUUGUAUUUCUUUUUGUUAGUGAUGAAUUGACGCUGGAAGGUAUCAAGCAGUUUUUUGUGGCUGUUGAGCGAGAAGAAUGGAAAUUUGACACCCUUUGUGAUUUAUAUGACACCCUGACAAUUACACAGGCUGUGAUAUUCUGCAAUACCAAGAGAAAGGUUAGUUACAGUACAUUAAAAAAUAUGUUAAAUUGAACAAGACCAAACCAUAGUGAAACUAAAAUUUUUUAGAGAGGCGGCACUUGACAUUUCCGAGAACUGUUAAAACUGUAGCUCUCUAGUUGUUGCCAUAUGGGAGAUACUAUCCAGAUUGGAUAACCAGAGUAGUAUCCGGAGAAAAACCUCUUGGAGCAGAGAAGAAAACCAGCCAUAAAUUCAACGUGCACGUGUCCUCGUUAAUUCUUGUUUUUGGACCCUGGUGACACUGGUAGGAGUCGAGUGAACUCAUCACUGCGCCAUCCCUGCUUUAUAAGCAGUACUAGUGGACGGCAGAGUAAUAAGAAUCACCUAUUCCUGUGGCAUAAAAGUGGGAAACUUAAGAGUAUUAGUGAUGAGAGAAGAUGUCUGUGUUAAAGCAUACCAAGAUGAUGAGGUGGUAGUGAAUAGGGAUUGUUUUCUUUGUUAAAAACAUUGACAUUGUGUCACAGCAAAAGCCUUCCAGUGAUAUUAUAUUACAGGCACAAAUCUCUACAGAUAAUGGUUUCUACUUUUUUAGGUUGACUGGCUUACAGAGAAGAUGAGAGAAGCAAAUUUCACAGUGUCCUCUAUGCAUGGUGACAUGCCGCAGAAAGAGAGAGAUGCUAUUAUGAAAGAGUUCCGAUCUGGACAGAGGUAAGCUUUUUGGUACCUAUUAGUGUGGUUUUGCUUGCCUUGGUGCACAGUAAACACUAUAAUAGUAAUUAUUAUCAAGUUAUGCAAGUGGGGUGACCAGUGAUCAUUUAAAGUGCUUUUUUUUCUCUGCAGUCGGGUGCUGAUAUCAACAGAUGUGUGGGCCAGAGGUAUCGACGUUCAACAGGUUUCUCUGGUUAUCAACUACGACUUGCCUAACAACCGUGAGUUGUACAUUCACAGGUGUGUUUAAACUUAAUUAAGGCAGAUGAUGCUGUGGUUUUUGGCUCCAGAUAUGUAGAUGAAAGUAUGUUUUACAGACAUAGAUGACCCAAUUUGGUGUUUGUUUGGCUGUGCAAACAAAGUAAAAAUUAAGGUUUCUACUGUCUUCAUGAAAUAAUGCUAAUCUCAAAAAUACUAUAAUUAAUGUAAGAAGAGAUGGAGAUAACAUUACAGUUACUAACGACUUCUUGUUGAGAGAAAAUAGAUUCCCUCAUUUCUCCCAAGGGAAUAUAUUUUCUCCCAAUUUGGGUCAUUAUAAUUGGUGAUGACCUCUCAAAUUCAGCUUUGCACAUUCUUGUGUUCUACUCAAAGUUUUGUACACAAUCAUGUCAUGUGUUGUAGAAAGAUGUUAUAAAGUACCUUAUUCUCCUUAAUUUUCGCGAUUUUAAAAAAUUUGCGAACUUAAAGACCCACGAAAAAUAACGACCGCAAACUUUGAUCUCGCGAAAUUUAAUGGACCUAGAAAAAUUAUGUAGUGGUGAUUUCAAAGGUCCUAAACAAUUUUCAACACAAGGUGUUAGUACAAGGAGCUAUCAUCUAUCAACUUUAGAUGUAAAUCAGUGUCAAGAUUCGCCUCAAGUUCUUCUUCGGCAUCUGAGUAAUCAUCUUCACACAGUUCCUCCAAUACAUCCUUUGUACAGUCGUUAAAUUGACCAUCCUGUCCCGGCUCCUUGUAGUGUGUAGUUACGAGUGUCUUGUAUGUUUCCAUUAUUGCCCUGUUCCUUGGUGUAUCGUCCAUUUCACAUAUCACCUCAACAGGAAUUUCCAGACCUCCCUCAAUCAAUGGGGAUCGACGAUAGUUUUCAUCUUUAACUUUAAGAUGAACCAUCCCACCUCUCAACAAGAAAAAGCGAGUGGCUCUAGAAAUCUCUCUGGGCAAAUAAUCGAAUCGGCCAGGCAACCACGGAGCCGUUUGUUAGCUGUGAUUGCGUAACUAUCGUAGAUAUUGUUUCAUUCGUGAGAACAUCUCAAAAGCUCCUUGACGAUGGGCUUCCAAAUUUUCUUCGUCAAUGUGGACUUACUUGUCAAUUUCGCGAAAUUAAAUUCCCUGCAAACACAAUUUUUCUCCGAGAUCAGGAAAUUAAAGACUCGCGAAAUGUGCCGAGAAAAUUUUCGCGAAAUUUAAGUCCCGCGAAAAUAAAGGAGAAUAAGGUAUAUAUAAAAAAUCAACGUAAGCAAAAAGACUUUGAUACAUCAUGAUUUUACAUUUUUUUCAAAUUCAACUGUCCAAGAAAGAAGCAAAAUAGUUGAGUUGUAAAUGCAAAACAUUUUUCCAAAUAUUGUUUUUUUAUGAUUAUUAUGUGCUCAGCAAAAGAUGGUGAUAUCACAACAGUUUAAAAAUCCUCACACAAACACACCUUGAUAUCUCAGCCAGUUAGAGUGUGUGGAGUUAUUUUAUAAAAAGCUGCAUCCCACAAACUCCCUUAACCUUGUUGUACAAGUCGGUAGAAUAGAACUUUGUCAUCUUUUAUCCAGUUUUGGUUGACCAAUAUCUGAAAUUUCUAUUAUAGGAUUGGCCGAUCUGGUCGAUUUGGUCGCAAAGGUGUUGCCAUCAACUUUGUAAAGUCAGACGACAUCAGAAUCUUGCGUGAUAUUGAACAGUAUUACAGUACACAGAUUGAUGAAAUGCCAAUGAAUGGUAUGUGUGUUCUUUCAAGUGAAAAGAUUUGACAUCAGAAGAGCUCUGCAUUUUCACGUUUUCCAUUCAAUCUAGCAAUUUUAUAUGUACACAGCUACCUUGGUUAGUUAUCCGUGCUUUCUAUUAAGGGGUUUUCAAAACUCUCCAACCUUAGGGUCCUUAUAGAGCAAUUUUUGUAUGAUCUUGAAAUGAAAGCGUGAACAAGACAGAAACAACAAAUGGAAUAGAGCGAUUUGAUUGGCUUGUCCAACAGAUACAAACGCGCAUGGCUUUUUGUUGGUUAAGCAAAGGCUCGGCUGAAAAAACUUCAUGCCUGAAGAAGUUUCUAGAAUUAAAUCGAUACUUUGCUUUGACAUUGAACUGCAACAUGAUUGGCCAAUCGAACAAUGCCUUCUCCGUAUUAGGGUUUUCUUUGGUGGGAAAACGACGAGUCCAUUCAAGGNGAUUGGCCGAUCUGGUCGAUUUGGUCGCAAAGGUGUUGCCAUCAACUUUGUAAAGUCAGACGACAUCAGAAUCUUGCGUGAUAUUGAACAGUAUUACAGUACACAGAUUGAUGAAAUGCCAAUGAAU